CGUGUUCGAAAUUGGCUGGUGUACAGGGCAGCGCCAUGUUGACAAGAGGCGGUUGCUGCUAAGUGUGAAAUGGAGUUUUUUACACAGUGAACAGGCGCAUGUUGUGUUGUGAUGGACGAAUUUACGGAUGAUGAACGUGUGUGAGUGCUCGGGAAUUUAGUGAGCUGCGUGGCUCUAGGACGGUGCCGAUAAGUAACUAGUAGUGUCGGACCCAGAGGUGGACGGUCGCGAAAAUUUGCGUUACUGGGGUCUCUAAUCUCCUUAUAUACGAACGUGGAUGAGGCUUCGGCAAUCUAGUUAUCUUAACGAGAUUAUAUUAAGGUCCAACGUGACUAUAAGAGCAUGUCAGCGGUCAAACUUAAUCACCACACCCAGCUAACUACGAUGGUCGCCGUUCCAGGAAGUGUCAGUCUAUAGGUGUGUUUUGGUGUAGCCGGCGUGGAUGAUAUCAAAGAGGAGUUUGCGGCCCCAUCAACAAGAGCACGAACAUGCAGUGUUGUCAGUCAGAUGAGGCUAGAGAACAGAAACGUAUCAACGCCGAAAUCGAAAAACAGCUCCGACGAGAUAAGCGAGAUGCUCGCCGAGAACUCAAACUUUUACUCCUCGGAACUGGAGAAUCGGGGAAGUCAACAUUUAUCAAACAGAUGCGGAUUAUCCAUGGAGCCGGAUAUUCCGACGAGGACAAGCGCGGCUUCAUCAAACUGGUAUACCAGAACAUCUUCAUGGCCAUGCAGAGCAUGAUUAAAGGAAUGGAACUCCUGAAAAUCCAGUAUUGCGCGUCAUCCAGUCCGGAAAAAGCAGAGCUAAUAAAAAGUAUCGACUACGAAACAGUGACCACAUUCGAGAGCCCCUACGUUGACGCCAUAAAGGACUUGUGGAAUGACGACGGUAUACAGGAAUGCUACGAUCGACGCAGGGAGUACCAAUUGACAGAUUCGGCUAAAUACUAUCUUAGUGACCUGGAGCGAAUCCGGGCGCCUGAUUAUCUGCCGACCGAACAGGACAUCCUGCGGGCGAGGGCGCCCACCACCGGCAUCAUAGAGUACCCUUUUGAUCUCGACUCCAUUAUUUUUAGAAUGGUAGAUGUAGGAGGACAAAGAUCAGAAAGAAGAAAAUGGAUUCACUGUUUUGAAAAUGUAACUUCCAUUAUCUUUUUAGUAGCUUUAAGUGAAUAUGACCAGAUCCUUUUUGAAUCAGAAAAUGAGAAUCGUAUGGAGGAAUCGAAAGCGUUAUUCAAAACUAUUAUAACUUAUCCAUGGUUCCAACAUUCGUCGGUUAUACUGUUUUUAAAUAAAAAGGAUUUAUUAGAAGAAAAAAUAAUGUAUUCCCAUCUUGUUGAUUAUUUCCCAGAAUACGAUGGACCCAAGCAGGAUCAUAUUACAGCAAGGGAAUUUAUUCUGAAAAAAUAUUUAAGAGAAAAUCCUGAUCCUGAAAGAGCCUGUUAUUCACAUUUUACAACAGCAACAGACACUGAAAACAUUAAACUUGUGUUCUGUGCUGUAAAAGAUACCAUCAUGCAAUCUGCGUUAAAAGAGUUUAAUUUAGCUUAGACUACAGAUACGGAAAACAUUAAAUUUGUGUUCGCCGCAGUAAAGGAUACAAUUUUGCAGUCGAAUUUGCGAGAAUAUAAUUUGGUUUAGAAUUCGCUUGGAACCACACACAUCGGUUUUAAGCAGUACUGUUCGCUGAGUAAAAAGCGACGGCAAAAAAUUGUCACAGUGACGACGCAACUGCAUCAUUUACAAAAUAUCUAAAAAUCCUGAGGAUAAAAGUUAAGAAAAAAACAUAAAAGGACGUGUGAUUCUAAUUUUAAUUAACUGUCGAUUAAAUUUAUUUGUGUCCCAAGUGUGCGCUUAGCUUUAGUGGCUCUGCAAGGAUAAUUUAGUGCCAUUUUACAUAUAGUAAUGGUAUUUUUAUGGAUGAAGCCAAAGUGUAUAAUUUUUUGUUUAUUAAAGUGACUUUUAUUUCAUUACAUAAAAUUAGUAUUGUUAUAUUAAAUUAAUGUAGAGAUAGCAAGUAAGACUAAACUUUUACCUCAUUGAUUUGCAAGGUCUUUUCAGUGCUGCAGUCUUUAAGUUUCGCCAUCGGAACAGAUAUUUAUCAUUCAUGUAUUUAAUCUUCUGGCUUCUGUUUGUAUGUGUCACAAACAUCUUGUAUGUGUGGUGAAAAACUUGAUUGACUGAAUAUGCAAGUUUCAAAGCAAGUUGCACUGAUACAAAACAACAAACUUCAUCAUAGCUUCAUUUCUAUCGAUGUUACUCAGUUAGCGUUAUCCAUAACGGGUCAGUUUAAGUACAUAUGUCAUUGCCUAAGAUAGUAAAUAAAUAGGUAGAAUAAGUUUAGUUCAUCUUAUAGUGAGAUAUUAUGCCAUAACUACAUUUUCAAAUAAUUGUAUAUGUAACUUACAUGUGUACAUUUACAGUGUUAAAUUUCGAAAUAUCUUAAUAAAAGAUAAAAUAUUUGCAAAUAAAGGCUGUUAUUUUGUACAGAGCCACAGACCAUUUCUGUAAUCUGUUUAUAUAUAUAAUUUAUCGUUUCGUGUGCAAUUGAGAGCAGGCAUUUAGACUGUUUCGGUGGCUUCACCUUACAAAAACAGAAGUGUAAAAACAAGACUGCUUGUCUAAGGGAUGUUUGCAAUAAAGUGGGGUAUAUUCAUUCAGAAAGCGAUUAACUGGAAUUUAAAACUGUUAGUGAGCUUUCUUUGCAUUGUUCAGUUAAUAACUAUACUAAUUGCAAUUUUUAAAAGAUAUAUAAUAGCUGCUUUGUUUUUGUGUAGGGUGCCUGUGAAUGGAUUGACUGUGAUGAGAGUGAAUGAUGCUAUAGUUUGUAACAUUCUUGUCAAGUAUAGAAUUUUUUUCUGA